AUGGACUACCGGGGGCAUUCGUCAGCAACACACCAAAACUUGACAAUAACAGCAACACAGCACCGACAGCACUCGAUGCUCGCGCGGGCAACAUCGCAGUCGCCGUCGCCAACAAUACCCACAACAAGCAGCACGGCGGCGGCGGCGUCUUCCAGCGUCACACACCUGGGAAUGUAUGAGGGGCUCAACCCAAGCGCGUCACAAUCCAUCUCCGACAAUGCGCAGGACGGCGGCUCGGAUCAACAGCAGGCGGAAGCAGCAGCCAAACGACGCAGUGUGAACAGCUCGAAGCGGGCAGCGCAGAACCGCGCAGCGCAGCGGGCGUUCCGGCUGCGGCGCGAAAAGUACGUGACGAGCCUGGAGGACAAGGCGCGACGAUACGACAAGCUUGAGGCAGCGUACAUGGAGCUUCAGAAGGCGAACUUUGAGAUGCAGGGGCAGAUCCAGGAGCUGCGACACGAGAAUGCACGGCUGCGCAGCCGGCUGGCGUCAGGGUCUCCGUCACCAUCGGUCCGGCCGACAUCCUUCUCCCCUAGCGGACCGCUGACGCCCAAUGUGGGGUCAAUGAUACCAGUGGGCCCACACAUGCCGAUUUCGCAGGAACCGGUGCGGCCACCGCCGCCACGACACGCAUACGCGUACCAAGGGCGUCCCGAGGCAGCUGGCUAUCAGUACGAGUACCCGCGAGCGUAUGGGGCAGCCUCCAGUAUGGGUGCGGCGGCGGCAGGGCAUCAGUCAUUCUCACCACAGCCGCAUAUGGCAUCAACUGGGUUUGCGUCAGCAGCCCCGCGGCCGACAUUCAAUCGGCCGGCAGCACACCACCCGGGGCGGCACACAGCAGCACAGCACCUGGCGCACCACAGCGCACAUGUGCGGCAUAACCGGUCGCCGCCGUCACCAAAUGAGCCCAAGCACCAGGCGAAGCAGGCAGUUGCGGGGCCGCUGUACGCGAGCAGCUCGGCCGGGUUCACACGGUCGGGGUUCCAGCACCACCAUUCGCUGUCGCAGCCGCGAUCGCCGACAUGCGCUGGCGAUGCAUCGCAGUUCCACAAAACAGCAGCCGGCCCUCCCGCUCAGGCAGAUGUGGCGGACCGCAAGCUGCCGCUGCGCGUGGAUUCAGGAGCUGCCAGCGAGUAUCGGGCGACAAGCACACCGCCGUUCCGUCCAGCAGGCAUGCCGGGGCCGCACACGCCGAACCCGAGCGGCAGCUCGCAGAUGCUGCCGUCGAUGCGCGAGCUGACAAUGUCUAUUGCGUCGUCGCUGCCCACCAGCCCACAGAAUGUGGAUCCGUCACAGCAGUCGCAUUUUCCGCAUUCGCAGCAGGACAUGUCAAGGGUGCCGCCGGAUGCUGGUGGCGAUGCGGCCAUGGACGACAUGGAUCAGAAGCGCCGGCCGUGGUAG